UCACCCCGCCUCCUACAUUAGUUUACUUGCCGCCGGUGUUCCAAAACCUUUCGUCUUUUCCCCCGUCUGUCUACAAAGACCUUCACACUCGCAGCCCCGGCUCAGUGCUUCGUCGCGAAGGCUUCGUCUCCCUCUCCCUUCUCCCUUCCACCCGCAUUCGACCGCCUCGGUUCGCCGGCGACGAGAUGGCCAUCGAUCACGCGACCCCUCUGGGACUGAAGAGCAGAUACGCCAUGGGAGGGGACGAGUGCGACGACGACGCGGAGAACCAGCGGUGGCCGCCGUGGCUGAAGCCGCUGCUGUCCACGAGCUUCUUCGUCCAAUGCAGGGUCCACGCCGACGCGCACAAGAGCGAGUGCAACAUGUACUGCCUCGACUGCAUGAACGGCGCGCUCUGCUCCCUCUGCCUCGGGCACCACCGCGACCACCACGCCAUCCAGAUUCGGAGGUCGUCGUACCACGACGUGAUCCGGGUGUCGGAGAUACAGAAGGUGCUGGACAUCACCGGCGUGCAGACGUACAUCAUCAACAGCGCGCGCGUGGUGUUCCUCAACGAGCGGCCGCAGCCCCGCCCCGGGAAGGGCGUCACCAACACCUGCGACGUCUGCGAGCGCAGCCUCCUCGACUGCUUCCGCUUCUGCUCCCUCGGAUGCAAGAUUGUGGGAACGGCCCGAGGAUACCGCCCCAAGAAGAAGCACGGCGGCGGCGAUAGCAAGAAGAAGAAGAGGGCGGCGCUCAAGGACGUGCGCUGCGACUCGGAGGACUCGUGCACCGGCAGCAGCGGCGGGAGCAGUGACAAGAGCAGCGUCGUGCAGUGCUUCUCGCCGUCGACCCCGCCGCCGACCUCCGCCAGCUGCCGCCCCUGGAACAAGCGCCGCAAGGGCGUCCCGCACCGGUCGCCCUUCGGCAGCCUCAUCGUCGAGUUCUAGUAGCACUCUCCAGACUCCAUCAGCACUGUGACAAUGUACUCUGUACUGUAUACGUGACAUAGCCUAGCCCGGAAGGAAUAACCGUGCGCCUCUGGACGUGGAGUCGUGGAGGCCGGCCGGCCGGCGGCGCAAUGCCGGCGAAGGGCGAGAGCGGUAAGAACACACCUAGUAGUGCUGCUAUAGUGUUAUAGUUUGCUUCUUUUCAGGUUUUGUUAGUUUACAUUUACAGUUGCUAGUUACUAGCGGUGGUACCAGUAAGAUAGCUGCUACUUACGGCCUCGUAACCGCGACUAAGUUUUGCAGCCUUGUACAUUGUAAUAUACCAGUACUCUCAGUAUGCUAGAUGUAUAUAUAUAUAUGUUACUUUCAAUCAAACAAUGUGGGGGAUAGGAUGCAGCGAGGCAAGGUGCUCGCAUGUUCA